GUCACCGUCCCUUAGUCUGUUUGUAUCGAAUAGAACUUCAUUUCCCAGCUUCUUCAUGCAGCUGUCAUUAGGGGUUUUGUCGCUAGUUCAGGUUUCCAAAGUCGCCUUCUUCAUCGCAGGUGCUAACAAAUGGUUUAAUCUGAUCAUUUCUUUUCGAGAAGAUCCAUGAUGAUGGAGGAACAAACCAGAUCCAUCCAUGAGCAGAGGUUUGACGCUGCGGUUAAAGUGAUCCAGAGUUUACCUGUGAACGGUUCCUUUCAACCAUCCAAUGAAAUGAUGCUGAAAUUCUACAGCUACUACAAGCAGGCGACUCAGGGCCCGUGCAACAUUCCCCGCCCGGGGUUCUGGGAUCCUGUCGGCAAAGUCAAAUGGGAUGCAUGGCACGCACUUGGAGAUAUGCCAAAAGAAGAGGCCAUGAUUGCGUACGUGGAUGACCUCAAACUGAUUCUUGAAAGCAUGCCCAUGACUGAGCAGGUGGAGCAGCUGCUGCAGGUCCUCGGGCCGUUCUACGAGAUCGUGGAUGAGAAGAAAAAGAUCAGCCAAGUUUCAGAUCUGACUGCAGGCCUCGGAAGCAUGAUGUCGCCUCCUUCGAACAGCGUCACAAAAAGCAUCAUCAGAACCUUGGAAAUGAACGGCACCUUGGACGGCCUCGGCCCCAACAAAUCCGACGCGCCAAACGUUGACGCAAACGAGCUCGAGGACGGAGGUGAGGAUGACGAAAAAGAUAACGAGGACAGCGGAGAUGAUGAGAAUGAAGAGGAAGAAGAGAACGAACAGCUGCAAGAAGCUUCUGCCCUGAAGAAAAAGGGCAGAGCGGGAAAAGCGAUUCCAAACGGCAGUAUAGGGCACAACCUGUCUCCCGUGACGAACGGGACACACUGCUCGAAAUCCACCUUGAACGGAAAAGACACGGAGGAGGACGACGGAGAGAUCCGGCACGUCAACGGCCACGCUAAAGAUGGUAACGAAGACGUUUGCAGCCCUCAUCACGUGGCCUCCGACUCAGACAGCGAGGUUUACUGCGACUCUGUGGACCAGUUUGGUGCAGAGGAGCAGAACAGCGAUUCUCACGCGAUCCGCUCUCCGGAGGAAAGCCGUAGAAUCGGGCGCUCUCAGGAGGAGCUGCACUUGACAGGAGACUCGGAGGUCCUGCUGAGAGGACACGACGGCAUUCAGCACGGAGGAGAAGACGGGAAGACGAGUGGAGGAGGAGGAGGAGCGCAGAAAAACAGCCUGAACAUGAGCAGACCAGGGAGCUCUCUGAUCAGGAGAGGACGAGGGUCCAGGUCAUCAGGCUUGGGGCCAGGGGUCACAGGGACCUUACAGGGUGCUGGAGGUGAUGGAGAGCGCCGGGGGUCUGAUGGGGCCGGAGGUGGCGACCUGAACGAGCAGAUAGUCACAGCUUUAACGAGGCUACAGGAGGAUAUGCAGAGCGUCCUGGAGAGACUGCACACACUCGAGGCUCUAACUGCCUCACAGGCGAGAUCAGCGGCCUUGCCCUCAGAAUACCUGCUGCCUCCAGCCAGCAGGCCUCGCAGGAAGUCGUCCUGGUGGCCGUUCGACGUUUCUCCAGGCACCGUGGCCUUCGCGCUCGUCUGGCCCUUUAUCGCACAGUGGAUUAUUCGCCAGUAUUUUCAGAGGCGGAGAAGGCUGAACUGUGCUGGUAUCAUGGUGUGAACCUCACUGAACAUGGACUACACAAAGCCGAGGGCAGAAAUGUUAAAGAAAACUGCGCUGAGAAGCGUGCGCUUAAAGAGGCCGGCGUCCUCCGUCGCAUCCCGUCUUUCACACUCUCGCUUUUGCACUACGAUGAAGACGCUGAAAUUUAGUGAGCAUCGAAACAAACUGAUAGAUGAAUGUGUGCAGCUUCUAAAGGCUUUUUGUACUUUUUUUGUCUAAUAUGAGUGCUAAGUGCUAAGAUUUACAUUUAAACUGCUUGGUUUGAGAUGAGAAAUGAGAAGCGUAACGAUGUAGUAACGAGCAAUUCUGUAUUGUAUUAUUAUUAUUAUUAUUAUUAAUUUUUUUUCAUAUUGAAAUCUUAAUAGGACAUUACGAUAACACGCGAAUAUGGCGUCCGACGUAGGACUAGACGUGUCGAUCGUUCUGCUUCACCAUAAAGCUGCUAAUAGGCUCUGUAGGAACAUGUAGAAUUGUACCGUAUAAUCGAUAACGAGUAACGAGCUGCGUAAUUCUGAGUAGGCUUUAAUCCCUGUCUGGAAAUCAGGAAGAGUUUGUGGCAUCGGGAAUUAACGUGAAUCGACGGAUGGUGUGUUUUCAGGUUCCAGCGUGUCAGAUGGAUAAGUAGUCAAAGCCGUAUUCACAAAACGGAUCGCUGACGUAGAACCGCGUAAAGUCAGUGAACGAGGAACGCCCUUCCUUCUCGACACUGGGGCGGUGAGAUCGACUUACCGUGCACAAGAAGCAUUCUCUCCAGUCAGCAGAUCCUCCAUCGUGCUUAAUCGAGGUCAUGCACAUUUUAUAUUAACGAUUUAAUUAUUUAGCUAAAGGCAGCUAGUCCGUAUAAAGUGAUGAAGGAGGCAGAGGAUCCUCUUAGGGCCGCAACGUACACACACACAAAAAAGCGGAACUUACGGAACUCUGGGUCACAUUUUACUGGUUGAAUAUCGCAAGUCUUUCAUGGAAUUACGAAUAGCAAACCUUUGAAAAAAGAAUCAUUUCAGGUAUAAUUAGAUUUUAUAAAUCACUAAAGUUAACUAAAGCGCUCGGAGCUAAUUAAAGCUACACUACGUCCACAUUUAGGUAAAAGAGGCACACUAAAGGAACACAUGCCCUACGUAAGCAUCGAUGAUGCCACCCAAGAUACGAGGUGGAAUACAGGUCGGUGGCUUUAUUUCUGAAAGUGUAGAAAGGACAGUUAAAGGGGAAAAAAAAAAAGGUAUAACGUUGACUUUGGAAGUGUCAAAGGUUUAAAAUCACACGUGCACAAACAGUUCUGCAUUCAAAUAAUAACUAAAACCGAGCAUUAAAAUCCAGAUGAUUUGUGAUUUCACACUCUGGAGUGGGGGGGGUAGUAUCGUUGGGGUGCGUUUCAGAUAAACACAAUACGCAGCAUAUCCUUAUUACGAGAAAAAUCAUGCAAUAAUUGUUUGAAUUAAUUGUUUUUUUUAAAUCUGUUAUACUUUACCAUGUUUUUUUUUGUUGUCUGUGCGAAUCGAACUGAAACGAGUUUCUGUUAAGAUUUAACCUCCAACGUUGUGUUUCGUUUUGUUCUCUGUGUAAAUUGUUCAAUAAUGUUAAUAGCUAUAAUGUAUGUAUAUUAGAAACAGACUUAAACUAUAUACUAUAUAUAAAUAAACAAUGGAACUGAAAUUGACAUUUUAAAAAUUGUAACAUACCGUAACGUAGCUUCGGCUUCUCCGGAACAGCGAUUAAACCACGAUGUAAUUAAAAGCUGCGUUUUGUUAGAAACAUCUUUCUAUCUGUCGACGACCACUUUUUUGUUCCCGAGGAGCAUCUGCGCACGUUCUUAUUGUUAACCAGAAGCACGAAUAAAAAUGAAUAACUUUUGGA